AUGAGUGAGAGCGAGGGCGCCGGAACGAGACGCCGCCUCCCCGGCGCAUCGCCGGCGACGCCUGCCUCCCCGUUCGAAGUCGACGAUCUCCUCCGUGAGAUCCUCCUCCGCCUCCCGCCUCGCCCAUCCUCGCUUCCCCGCGCCUCCGCGGUCUGCACGCGCUGGCGAGGGCUCGUCGCCGACCCCAAGUUCCUCCGCCUCUUCCGCGCCCACCACCGGAAGCCGCCCCUCCUCGGCAUAAUCGAGCACGGCUACCAGGGGGUCCAGUUCACCCCCAUCCUGGACCCUCCCGACCGCAUUCCUCCGGAGCGCUUCCACCUUGGACCCUGCAGCCGCGGCACCGACGUGCUCGACUGCCGCCAUGGCCUCGUCCUCGUCAAUAACCGGGCGUCGGCGCGGAACGAGGUCCUUGUGUGCGACCCCAUCGCCGGCGAGCAGCGCCACGUGGCCAUUCCGCCGGAGCUGGAUCGGUACAUCCUCAAUGGGGCGGUGCUCUGCUCCGCCAGCGAGCAGGGUCACGUGCACGGCAGCUGCCACUCGAGCCCCUUCAAGGUGGUGCUGGUGGGAAAGCGAAGGAAUGAUCUCAUGGCCUGUGUUUACUCCUCCCAGGCUGGCGUAUGGGGCAAUCUCAUCACGACAGCCGCUCCAUUCCAUCUUUUCGCCCACCAUGUUCCUGCGACCCUCAUUGGUAACGCUCUUUACUGGUUGCCCUUUACCGACCGUAUAGUGGAGUUCGAUUUGGAUGGGCACAACCUAGCCGUGAUCGGGGGGCCUCCUGUUACAUGUGAUUUACAAGAUGGAAGCAGCCACAUCAUCCAGUCCGAGGAUGGUGCCGUUGGCUUAGCCAUAUUGUCUUACACAUGCUUACAAAUGUGGCAUAGAAAUGUUGAUCGCCAUGGCGUUGCCACAUGGGUUCUGUGGAAGACCAUUGAAACUCAAAACAUUCUUGGGCGACCUCGGACCAAGGCAGAUGGCGCUAUAAUGGGAUAUUCUCAGGAUACUGAUGAUUUAUUUAUAUACCUGGAACCAGAUGCAUAUAUGCUUCACCUUAAGUCGAUGCAAUCGAAGAUACUUCGUGGAAGCUAUCAGCCUAUCUUUAAGUACCAUCCCUUCACGAGUUUCUACUAUACACCAGGCACAACUAUUCGUGGAUGUGAUGAAGCUGACAUGCUGCAAAAAAAUCCAUAGGCUGACUGUCUAGUUUGAAGGGCUAAUCUGCUAUAAUGCUUCAACAGGUGAAACAAGUGCUGCUGCAGUUGUCCGUUGUCACUGAGUUUGCCUCAUCAAACUCAUCAUAUCAAUUUGGUAGGUGGUGUUUUCUGUCUGUACGCUAUCUAAAAACUUACUGAAUCCAUGGCUUAGUCCAGCCAAGGUUGUAAUGUAGCCAGAUGCUUUUGAAUCCAUGGCUUAGUCUAGUCAAGUUUCUAAUGUAGCAAGAUGCUUUUGAAUACCUAAUCUAGGGAAUUCAGCUU